CGGAAUCGAAGGCAAACCAAUAGACAUCCUUAUUAACUUGGCCUGAUGCACUCCUCCAUUCCUCAGACAAUCAAAUAUCCCCAGAUAGCUAGGUGGUUGGCACGCAUGGAGAAGCAGCUGCCUGCUCUUACCGGUGGCUCAAAGGCGGCCACCACGACGCCCUUCUACCUCGCCUUAGAUCACAGAGCCGCCGCCACGUCGUCUUCACCGCCGGCGGAGGCGCCAACACUGCCGCCGUCUGCUGCGGCUGUCUCAGAUCCUUCUAGACAGUCCAACAGCGAUAGGGGAUCCGAGAUAAUCAAAGCCAAGAUCAUGUCUCACCCUCUCUAUCCGGCUCUCUUGAGAGCCUUCAUAGAUUGCCGGAAGGUACGCGUGCGCAGAUUUCCAAGAGAUGCAAUUCUACAGCUAAUUUCGUGAGAGAUGAAAGGCAUGGUUUCUUGAUUUUUAUGCGCUCUCCGUCCUCAUAUGUUCUCCAAUUUUCACGAGGAAAAUCUCUUUUGCGUUUUUGUUUCUCGAGGUUGGAGCGCCGCUCGAGAUUGUCGGUCGGCUUUCUGCCCUCGCUGAUGACGUCGAAACGAAUUCAGACGGCAGACAAGAAGAACAACCAGCAGACCCAGAGCUCGAUCAGUUCAUGGAGAUCUACUGUCACAUGUUGGUAAGGUACAGACAGGAGCUCACAAGGCCAAUCCAGGAAGCGGACGAAUUCUUCAAAAGCAUGGAGGCCCAGAUCGACUCAUUUUCAUUAGAUGACAAUGGCUAUGAAGAAGGAGGCGGUUCCUCCGACGAAGAUGAGCAAGAAACCGUCGACUUGGGCGGCCUUCCGGUCCCUGAGACCGGCAGCCCGUCCGGAGAGGGCAAGGAGCUGAAGAACCACCUCCUGAACAAGUACAGCGGCUACCUGAGCAGCCUCUGGAGGGAGCUCUCGAGGAAGAAGAAGAAAGGCAAGCUGCCGAGGGACGCCCGCCAGAAGCUCCUCCACUGGUGGCAGCUGCACUACAGAUGGCCCUAUCCCUCGGAGCUGGAGAAGGCGGCGCUGGCGGAGUCGACGGGGCUCGACGCGAAGCAGAUCAACAACUGGUUCAUCAACCAGCGGAAGCGCCACUGGAAGCCGGCGCCGCCGACGAUGGCGCUAGGCACACCAGAUUACAGGAUGGGCCAGCACGGCGGCGGUGCUUCUAGCAGCUCGGCCUCCGCUGGUCUCCGCGUGCAGGGGCAGUACUUCACCGGCGGAAGCUCGUAUCCCCGUGGCCCGUGACGAUGCAUGCGUCGCCUGCAGGCUGAGCGCGUGAGGUGUCGACAUGGAUUGUUGCCGUGCAUGCAUGCAUAUCAGCAUACGUAUACAUACAUACGUGAUCAUUAUUUGGGUAUAGAUGGUGUGGACGUGUCGUGUUUCCUAUACAGAAAUUUGAUUGUCUCCUUACUUGCAUUGCUCAUACGCAUACAUAUCUACAUAUAUGCAGCUGAUGACAGAGUUAUAAAGUUGUAACUAUAUAUUAUUAUUAUUUGUCUUACUAACAUGAGAGCAGUUGUACACGU